UCUUCAUUGGUUUUGUCAUUUGGGUUCUUGAACACCGAAUUAACGAUAAUUUUAGGGGCCCUCCUUCCCAUCAAAUUGGCACCAACUUCUGGUUCUCGUUUUCAACCAUGGUCUUUGCUCAUCGUCUUUCUAAAAGGGUCGCCUCUGGUAGCUGACGUUUCGAGGGCGGUCUUAACUGUGACAGAAGAAAAGAUCAUGAAGAACAUAGAAAACAAAUGGUUCGAAAAGCAAACCAGCUGUCCAGACCCCAACACACAGGUCUCUUCCAACAGUCUCGGGCUUGAAAGCUUUUGGGGUUUGUUCCUCAUUGUUGGCACUGCUUCACUCUCCUCUCUCGUAGCUUACGCCUCGAUGUUCCUCUACGAGCAAAGGCGCGUCUUAUUGUCUUCUGACACCGAUCAAAAUCUGCCAAUUUGGAGAAGGAUUUGUACAGUGUUGAGAAUCUUCGAUCAAAAAGAUUUGGAUUCGCAUACUUUUAGAAAGAGCAUCGAUGAAUCGCGUGAUGGAAGAGUUGUUAUUGAGAGUGUUUGUGAUUCGAAUCGCAUGGAUGAUCAACAAUCGGUCCUUGCUUUCCCUGGAGAAGAACAUGAAAUAUGUUUUACUGAACUUACUAAUCAUGAACAUAACCAUUACCAGUUAGAGGUAUCUAGUUGAUAAGUCUCUUAUGUGAACGUCUUAUUAUAAUUUGAGUAGCAUGUUAGUUUCUUUUUAUGAGAGAUGAACUUAAUUAACACGAUAAUUUAUUGGUGAUCACACACUUUGGGGGAAAUAGUCAACAAAUUAACGAGAAUUUCCAGUUGUCCUCGUUUAGCAUUUUAUUGUAUUUAGGAUUUGAGUAAUUGGAGUUGC